AUGUCAAUAAAUCAAUUAACUCAAGAACAAUGGGAUGAUCUAUUUCAUAAAUAUAAAUCAUUACGUGAAUCUAAUAAUAUUGCAUGGGAUGAUAUAAAAAGUGCAUUAGAACUUGUUGGUGUCUCAUUAGCUGGUCAUGAAAUAAGAGAUUUAUUAGGACAACAAAGAAAUUGGCUUAAUCCAGAUGAAUUUCAUGAAUUAUAUAAAAAAGCUAAAGAUAUGAAAGAUACAACAAAAGCUAUCAGUAAAGCAUUAUUAUUAAAACAUGCUGAAGAUGUAAAAUCAUUUACUGUUGGCAAAAAUGAUACUGAUACUCGACAUUCAGUUAGUAAAGCAGAAGAACGUGGUUUUACACUUUGGAUCAAUAAACGUUUGGGUCAUGAUGUAGAAUUACAAGAUGGAAUUCUACCAGUUGAUCCAUCAGUUGAUGGUCAAUUAUAUCAACGAUGUAAAAAUGGAAUAUUAUUGUGUAAACUCGUCAAUGUGGCCAGUCCAAAUACUAUUGAUGAACGAAGUAUAAAUAGAGGACCUAGUUUGAAAAAUGUUUUCAAUGUUCAUGAAAAUCUUACAUUGGCUGUUAAUUCAGCUGCUUCAAUUGGAUGUUGUGUAGUAAAUACUGGUCCAGAAGAUAUUAUGCAAGGUAAACGACAUAUUGUUCUAGGAUUAAUUUGGCAAUUAAUUCGUCGUGGAUUAAUCGAUACAAUUACAUUGAAUAGACAUAAAGAAUUAAUAGCUUUAUUACAUGAUGGAGAAACUGCUGAAGAUUUAUCUACAUUAAAACCAGAAGAAUUAUUAAUGCGUUGGGUUAAUUAUCAUUUACAUCGAGCUGGUUGUGAUAGACGUAUAACAAAUUUUAAUUCGGAUUUAGCUGAUUCAGUUGUAUAUGCUCAUUUAAUGGAACAAAUUGUUCCCAUAGAUAAACGUUGUAAAUUAAUGUCUGCUAGUGAAAUUUUAAGUUCAACUAGUCGUCAAGAAAGAGCAAUGAAUGUAUUGAAUAAUAAUGAAACAUUAGGUACACCAUUUACACUUUCACCAGAAGAUAUUUAUUUAGCUGGAGAAAAGAAUAAUGAUAAUCGUGAUCGUUUAAAUUUAGCAUUUCUUGCUACAUUAUUCAAUAUGUAUCCAGGUUUAGAUACACGUCGUGAUGAUUUAUAUAAUGGAUUAGUAUUAUUACAAUUAUUUGAAAAAAUUAAACCUGGUUCAGUGGAUUGGUCAUUAGUAGAUCAAGAUUUUGAUCCAAAACGUCGGUUAUUUCAAGAAACAGGCAAUUGUAAUUUAGUUAUUGAUUCAGCUCAAUCAAUGAAUAUACGUUUUGUUAAUGUCAGUGGUAAAGAUAUACAAAAACGUGAUCGUAAAUUAGUAUUGGGCGUGUGUUUCACAUUGAUGCAAGCGUAUAUAUUUAAAUUACUUCAUGAAGUUACUCCAGGUGGUAUCGAUAUUCCACAUGAUGAUCGUGAUAUAUUAACAUGGGUUAAUGGACAAAUGAAUGAAGCUAAAGCUAAACCAAUUCAUAAACAUAUUAAACCUAAUUCAACAAAUAAAGAAAUAUGGUUAGGGAAUAAUGUAGAUGAUGCAUCUAUACGUCAAUAUGCUAUAUCUUGCUGUCAUAAAGCUGGUGCUCGUGUAUUCACAUUACCGGAACAUCUUGAAGAAUUAAAUGGUAAAAUGAUUUUAACAUUAUUUGCUUCAUUACAAUUAUUAUAUUAUAAUUUAAAACAAAAAGCUGAAAAUAAACAUAAUCGUACAAAAAAUACAGAAUUGAAAUGGUUAAAAUUAAAUGAUGACAAUAAAAUUAAUGGAACUGAAUAAGAGAAAAAAAAAACCAAAACAACAAAGAAAACUAUUCAUCAUUGACCUUCAAUGACUAUUAGUUUCUUUUCUUUGUUUUCUUUCUUUUGUUUUCUUUUUUCU